AAUUUACGAGUAAAGGUCAUGAACAUAUGCAUGAUGAUGAGGAGAUCAUAGUUUAUCACAGGAGGAAAAACGAUAAGUACCAUGUUCGAAAGAAAAUAAUCUGGCCGAGUUUACUCAGACAAGGAGCGAAGAGAAGAGCUACGAAAAAGAAGGGCAAUUUAGUCCUUGCGAAAACAGAGCAUACAAAGGAAGGAAUGAUGGUAGUUCCUUGCAAGGACAAAAUAGUAAAUGUGAAAACGCAAGAAAUAGCAAAAGUAGAACUUGAUGAAAGGACAUUGAAAGAAUGGACAAUUUUGAUGGAGAAACGAGAUUCCGAAAACAUUGAAGAUCAAGAUGUAGAUGAAGAGGAGAGAGAGUGGUGGGAUAAGGAGAGAGAAUUGAUGAACGAGCGUGUAAAAUCAUUCAUCUCCAGCAUGCACCUUAUCCAAGGUGAAAGGAAAUUUUCCCAAUGGAAAGGUUCGGUAAUUGAUUCCAUCGGUGGAGCAUACCUUACGCAGAAUGUCAGCGACACUCUUUCAAGCUCCGCGUUUAUAUCACUUGCUGCUAAAUAUCCACACGGAGUAAAUUCUGGAGUCGAAAAUUGCAUUGGAUCUUUGAAUGAUAAAACUGUAUUAGGGCCUAACUCUAAAUUCAAGAUGGGGACGGAAAAUAAAUGUUUUAGAAGAAAAAGAAUUAAAAAGGAAGAAGAAGCUAUCGAUUGGGAUAAUUUAAGGAAAUAUUAUUCUAAAGACGACAUUACAGCACACGACACGUCAUCAAAUGCUUUGGAUUGGGACGCUGUUAGAAUAGCGGAGCCCGACGAAAUAGCUAAAGCCAUAAAGAAUAGAGGAAUGAGCAAUCAUUUGGCUGAAAGAAUAAAGAAUUGUCUCAACAUUUUAUCGGAGGAUCUUGGGAGCGUUAAUUUGGAAUGGAUAAGACAUGUUCCACCCGACAAAGCAAAAGAAUACCUGUUGAGCAUACCGGGUCUAGGACUGAAAAGUGUGGAGUGCAUACGCUUGUUGACACUUUUACAUAAGGCAUUCCCCAUUGAUAGGAAUGCUGGACGAGUAGCUGUACGUCUCGGAUGGGUCCCACUUCAACCGCUUCCAGAAGGACUUGAGUUCCACCUCUUGAAAGAGUACCCGAAGGUGGACUCUAUACAGAUAUAUCUCUGGCCCCGCCUUUGUAAACAUGAUCCGUCGACACUGUAUGAACUACAUUGCCAUAUGAUCACUUUGGGGAAGGUAUUUUGUACAAAGAGAAACCCGAAUUGUAAUGCAUGCCCUUUGAGAGCAGACUGCAAAUACUUCGCGAGUGCUCUAGCAAGUUCUCAGCUUGCACUCCCGGGUGUACAAGAAGAAAACGAUGUACAUUCCGACCAUCCAAUGGAAUCGCUGAAUAUUCCCCUUCUAGAAGGAAGCUGCACAACCUCCAAAUGCGUCGUCGAAACUGAACCUUCAAGGUGUCUACAAAUGGUUGAAUGUGAUAUCGAGGAUUUUGGUCUUAUUAAUCAUGCAAUACCCGAAAUUAGAAUCGACGAGGAGAAAUUGAGGGAGAAUGUACAUAAGUUCAUCAAUGAAAGGAAUAUUCCACUCGAAGAAGAACACGGCCAAAUGUCGAAAGCUUUGAUGCUUCGUACAUUGGAAACUUCUUCCAUCCCAAUGCCUAAAUUCAAGAAUAGAACCCAUUUAAGGACGGAGCAUCAAGUCUUCGUGCUUCCGGAUUUGCACCAUGUUUUGGCAGGGCUAGACAAAAGAGAAUCUAAUGACUCGUGCCCGUAUCUACUCGCUGUAUGGACUCGAGAAAAUGUCGAUACGGAUGAAUGUAAUUCGGAAGAAGAUACAGUAAAUGGCACACUUCUGAUACCUGUCCGAACAGGAGUGAGAGGAAUAUUCCCGCUUAAUGGAACGUAUUUUCAAGCUAAUGAGGUGUUUGCUGACGAUGAGUCUAGCCAAGUUCCGAUAAAAGUUCCGACGGAAUCUUUACGGCAUCUUCCGCGCAGAACUUUGUACUGUGGAAACAACAUUUCAGCAGUAUGCAGAGGGAUGAAAACGCACGAAGUUCAGAAAUGCUUUUGGAAGGGAUACGUAUGUUUCCGAGGGUUUAACAGAAAAACGAGGGAAGCGAAACCUCUCUCAGCAAGAUUCCACCUCCCACCGCGUAAUGCAGAAAGAUAUUCAAGGGGCAUUAAGAAGAAACUUGAGGAAAAUUACGAGUAAAUCACUUCGAAAAGUAUGUUUUUUUGAAUGUAUAAAAUUAAGUGCAUAUAUAUUUUUGUAAUUAGCUAGAGGAGAAAAGUAUGCAAUAUAUCAAAGCAGCG